AUGAGGUUCGAUAACCUUCAAGGAAAGAAGAAUUUGAAUGAAGUGCUAUACCUAGGCCCACUACCAGAUUCAGUUGGAGUUGAGAUUCCAAAUGAUGCCUUUUUACAGAUAAAAUUGUACCUAGAAAAUAGAGGUUCUACUCGAUUUCUUUGGUUAUACGAUGUAGCUGAAGAAAACGUAAAAUUCUAUCGUUUUAAGAUCAUCUCAUCACCUUUUUUUAUUUACCACCAUCUGGAAACGGUAACAAGACAGCCUCCGAAUAGAAUAUUUAUGUGGACAGUAUUACAUUAUCGGCCAAUGGAACUGAACAAGCUCUAUUGA